AUUGUUAACCUACAAUUGAGUGCAUAGCAUAUAUUUUCCUGUUUUGGUUCAUUAUUUUUAUUUCAAAACAGACAUUGCUGAAACAUUUAAUUGCAGGUACUACUAAGAGUCGUUGUGCCUCAAUUACUAUGAAAAAUAUCUAAAUCUGUGUAGAAUUAUCGCUUAAAGGCGUACACAUACUUCAUCAGUAUUAUGCAGAGACAGACAUUUAAAUCCACUAGUACAAGUAAAACAUGUAGAGACUGUACACGUUUAACUGCUCCUUCUUCGCUUUUUCCAUCCAAACAGUUGACGCAGAAACCUAAGCAAACGAAUAUAAAGUCUAAAGGUAUAUACUCUGGACCUAUUCAUAAGGAAAUUUUUGCUGAUAAAGGUGCUUCGGUAGAAGUUACAGUUAAAACUCUUAACGCCAACGGUCCCAGUGCAACGAAGAAGAAAGACACUCAAUCAACAGGUGCAAGAGAAACAUGGGGGGACAUGUUAAAAGCUGGGAAAAGUGUAUCAAACUUGAACAAAUUCGACCCUUUAAGAACUUUAAAUUUUUUAAUAAAUGAACUACAGGAUAAACUGCAAAAUCUAAGUGAUGUUAAUGUACAACAAAUUAUAACCGAUAUGCAUAACAUAGUGAAAAGAAUGCCCACAGAGAAUUCUGUAACUAUCAAACAAAGAGCAAUGAGUGAAUCAAGAAAACCAAGACCAAUCAAUACAACAAAACUGAUAAAAAUAGCAAGCACAGCAUCUCAAACAGAGCCUAUUUUAGACAAUACAACAGUUGAAACAGAAAAAUUUAGGAAACAAUGGGAAGAAAGCUCAAAGAAAUUAGAAAUUAAUUGUAAACAACUUGAAAAUCUAUGUAGUCGAUAUAAAAGAGAAAAAGAGGAAAUUGAACUCUUGUUAAAAGCAGAAAAGGAUACUGUUAAAUAUUUGAGGAAGAAGAAUGAGGAAACCAAACAAAACAAGGAAAUCGAAAGCAAAUUUCAGGAGAUGAAGACUCUGAAUUCCACUCUUCAAAUGAGACUGCAAGAGGUGAAGUUAGAAAAUGGCAAUCUUCAAGCAGAAAUAAGACGAUUAAAAACACAAAUCGAGAUGGAGACCAGUCCUUCAAAAAGAGAACUGAAAGCUCUUGUAAGUGAUUUGCAUGCUCAAAAGAGCAUUUGUGACCAAGAAAUAAUUGUAUUGAAACAUCAUCUGGCUAAAGUAAAUAUGGAAAAGGAGAAAUUCCAAACUAUUUGCAACCUAAGGACAAAGCAGGUGGAAGAAAUUCAAUCAGAAAUGUUGCAACUACAGAAAAUUGUUGACGAAAAUAUAUUGGAUUUACAAAGGACCACAUUCCAGCCUAUUUCUAGUGGUGGUGCAACAAAUGCAGGAGAAUUUUUCGAGAGUAUUCCCAUGGCAGAAUUGAUGAAUAACGUUAGUAAGUCUACUAGAGAAGGCACAACAAAAAAGGCGACAGAGGAGGAGCAGAUGGGCAAGGAAAUGGGUGACAACAACACCAUGCCCUCCACAAUCAAUUCAGAUGAGUCGACUCAGGCCUUCUUUUUGAAAGAUCCACCCUCGGAUAAAUUGUCUUUCAAAGAACUACCCUCUGGCGACAGUUCCAAUCAUUUCCUGCUAAGGAUAUCAAGCAGUGAGAGCAGCACGCCCCGCAAAAAACAACGGCAUCCAGAACCAAUAUCAAGAUGCUUAAAUAAAGACAGAUUUGACAUCCCAACACUAGGGGAAAUACAUAACACUGAUGCUCAAGCCAAUAUUAGAGAAAUGUUUGCCGAACUGAAAAGACAAGCCCUUCAAGUGUUUCCAACCCUAAACAUCCCCAGUUCAUUGGAGUUCUCUGACAAAUAAUUCUGUUAAUUUAUUUACAAAUAUUUAUAUUUAUAUUUUGAUUUUCUUUCACAAGUCUGGUCAUGCAUACUCUAAGCAACUACCCACUCUAUAUUUUUUAAGUCUGGAUAUGUUUUUUACCAUACUUUCUUAAUAAAACG